CUCCCUCCCUCCCUCCCCCGUCUCUUUCUUCCCGGGGUCCUGGGGGUUUGCAUUUGGCUCUCUCCAAGCGCUGCUUCUGGGCGCCUCCAGGGACCUGCACCUCUCAUUAGGACAGACAACUUGGCAGAAGAAAAAAAGGAUUCCUUCUGAUUUCUUGGAGGUUUCCUGAGAGUCCAGAUGGAUGAGCCAGACUCAGCUGGCCCAGAAGCAGGAAAGGGCCAUGUCAUCAACACCAAGAGCAGUGGGAGAGUCUGGGAAAGCUCAGUGCAGAAGAUCCUGGUUAAGGAGGACCCCUUCAGCUCAGAUGCGCAGAGACAAAAGUUCAGGCAGUUCUGCUUCCAGGAGGCCGAAGGACCCUCAGAGGCUUGCAGCCAACUCUACCACCUUUGCUAUCAGUGGCUGAAGCCAGAAAGUCACACGAAAGCUGAGAUGCUGGACCUGGUGGUCUUGGAGCAGUUCCUGGCUGUCCUUCCACUGGAGAUGGAGAGCUGGGUGAGGGAAUGUGGAGCGGAGACCAGUUCCCAGGCGGUGGCCCUGGCCGAAGGAUUCCUCCUGCGUCAGGGAAUGGAGAGGAAGCAGGCAGAGCAGCAGGGAAAGAUUAUCUUUGCAGAAAUGGGCCCCGAUUCCCCUGAAGCAGAGAAGACUCCCUUGGACACCAGAGAGAGGCCACCAGGGGACAGAACGUUGCCGACCAAAGUUUCUCCUCCAUCUUUCCACGGUAGCGAAGGGGAAGAAGAGGCUGUGGAACCAGAUCAGGGUCCGGGGUUCUUUGAAGAUGUAGCUGUUUGUUUCAUAGAUGAGGAGGGGGUGUUGCUGGAUCCUGACCAGAGAGCUCUGCGUAAGGAAGUCAUGGAGGAGAAUUGUGGGAGAAUAGACUCUCUCGGUGGCGACGAUUUGGAAAUUAAGAACGAGGGAGACCACGACAAAAUCCCCACAGUGGAGAAGUCAUAUGAAAAUUCAGAGUGUGGAGAGAAUUUCAGUCACAGCUCCCAUGCCACUUCCGAUCAAAGAAAUAUCACUGGAAAGAAACCUUAUCAGUGCCUGGAAUGUGGAAAGAUCCUCAGUCGGAAGGAAAUUCUCACAUCCCAUCAAAGAAUCCAUACAGGGGAGAAGCCAUAUAAGUGUUUGGAAUGCGGAAAGAGCUUCAGCCACAGAGCCAAUCUCACAGCCCAUCGAAGAAUUCAUAUAGGUGAGAAACUAUAUUUGUGCUUGGAAUGUGGAAUGAGCUUCAAACGGAAAGAGAGUCUCACUUCCCAUCAAAGAAUUCAUACAGGGGAGAAACCCUAUCAGUGUUCGGAAUGUGGAAAGAGCUUCACUCGGAGGGAUAGUCUCACUUCACAUCAAAGAGUUCAUACAGGAGCAAAACCGUAUCCGUGCUUGGAAUGUGGAAAGAGCUUUAGUCGGAAGGAUAGCUUGACUUCCCAUCAAAGAAUUCAUACGGGGGAGAAACCAUAUCAGUGUUUGGAAUGUGGAAAGAGCUUUGCUCAGAGUACCCAUCUCAUUUCCCAUCGUAGAACUCACAGUGGGAUGAAACCGUAUCAGUGCUCAGAAUGUGGAAAGAGCUUCAGUCAGAGCGCCCAUCUCACUUCCCAUCAGAUAACUCACAGCGGAAAGAAACCCUAUCAGUGCGUGGAAUGUGGAAAGAGCUUCGGUUGGAAAGAAAGCCUCACUUCCCAUCAAAAAAUUCAUGCACGGAAGAAGCCGUUUCGGUGCUUGGAAUGUGGAAAGAGCUUCACCCAAAAGCAAAAUCUUACAGCCCAUCAAAAAACUCAUACAGGGGAGAAAUCCUAUCAGUGCUUGGAGUGUGGAAAGAGCUUCAGUCAGAGCGCCCAUCUCACUUUGCAUCAGAGAAUUCAUGCAGGGACAAAACUAUAUGUUUGCUCUGAAUGUGGAAAGAGCUUCAGUCAGAGCGCCCAUCUCACUUCCCAUCAAAAAACUCACCGGCCAAAAUUACAGAAUCGUAGGAUGGUAAAGUUGGAAGUCACCACCAUGGUCAUCUAGUCCAACUCCCUGCAAUGCAGGAAUCUCCACUAUAGCAUUCCAUGACAGAUGGACACCCAAUAUCUCCUGAAAAACCUUCAGUGAAGGAGAGUCCACUACUUUCCACGGUUGUCUGUUCUACUUUCCAAUGGCUCUCUUGUAACUGCAUCAGGAAAAUGAUG